AUGCAGUUUGAAAUAAUUGCUAAGUGUCCUGUGACAAAAGCGCGUGUUACAAAAAUGACUCUCGCCCACGGACCAACGAUGCUACCGACUUUCAUGCCUGUAGCGACCCAAGCAGCCAUCAAAGGCCUUACGUCUCAUCAAUUGGAAGCGAUCGGAAUCACGCUUAUCUUGAAUAAUACAUAUCAUUUGAACUUGCGUCCGGGAAUUGAUGUGUUGGAUGCUGCUGGCGGAGCACAUAAGCUUCAAGGAUGGAAAAGAAACUUGCUGACGGAUAGUGGCGGAUUCCAACUGGUUUCUCUGAGCCAAUUUACAAAGAUUACGGAGGAGGGGGCAUUAUUUGCAAGCCCGUUUACGGGGGAGCCAACCAUGCUGUCCCCAGAGCAGAGUAUGGCGAUUCAACAUUCAAUCGGUGCUGAUAUCAUAAUGCAACUUGACGACGUCGUUCCAUCUCUUCUCAUAGGACCUCGCGUCGAGGAAGCAAUGUGGCGUUCCGUACGAUGGUUAGACCGAUGUAUCACGUUCCAUGAAGAAAGUGGGAAGAAUAAGACGCAGAACUUGUUUGCAAUUGUGCAGGGAGGGCUAGAUACACGAUUACGAGAAUUGUGCCUUGAGGAGAUGAUCAAGAGGAAGGAACACGUACCUGGAUAUGCUGUCGGAGGACUUAGUGGUGGAGAAGCAAAAGAUGACUUUUGGAGAGUAGUGAACCAGUGUACCGAUAUGUUGCCAGUUGAUAGACCUCGAUAUUGCAUGGGUAUCGGAUUUGCUGAGGAUCUUCUCGUAUGCGUCGCACUAGGCAUUGAUAUGGCCGAUUGUGUUUUUCCAACCAGAACCGCGCGUUUUGGUGUUGCACUGACGUAUCGAGGGCCCUUGAAUCUUCGACUCGCGAAGCAUGCCAAAGAUCUGCAACCAAUUGAUAGGGAAUGCCCCUGUCCAACCUGUGCUGGCGGUAUGACUCGGGCAUUCCUGCACCAUCUCGUUGCGGAAGAGACGGUCGCUGCGCAUGCCGUUACUCAGCACAACAUCACAUUCCAAGCACAACUGAUGGGUCGGGCAAGGGAUGCCAUUGUUGCCGGUACCUUCCCCGACUUCCUUCGUACGUUCUUCCGGACGUACUUUGAUACCGACUUUAGAUCAACCGUAGCUGCGACGCAAAAACCAAUGAGUGGCGAGGAUAUAGCAAGUGGACCAGUAUAUCCAAAAUGGUGUGUCGACGCGUUGCGUAGCGUUGGUGUGGAUAUCUUAGAAGGCGUACCUAAUGCGAAGAUUAUUGAUGGGGGUGGUGCGAAGUGGGAAUAUGCGGCGACAGACGGUUGA